AUGGAAACUCUCAACGUUGGUGAAGAUGUUUUCUCCUCAGUACAGGAACAUCGAGAACAUACCAAAUCCGACACCGAUAUGCCUCCGAUCACCGGCGGUCGAGACUUCCUCCGGCAGUUUGCGGUUGAGUCAAAGAAGCUGUGGUGGCUCGCGGGUCCUGCGAUAUUCACAUCCUUCUGUCAGUACUCUCUAGGCGCCGUCACGCAGGUACUAGCCGGACACGUCAACACAUUGGCUCUAGCUGCCGUCUCUAUACAGAACUCCGUCAUCGCCGGCUUCUCUGUGGGCAUUAUGCUUGGGAUGGGAAGUGCACUGGCGACGCUAUGUGGGCAAGCAUACGGAGCAGGGCAACUAGAGAUGAUGGGAAUAUAUUUGCAGAGGUCUUGGAUCAUACUCAACUCUUGUGCCCUUAUUCUUUGCCUUUUGUACGUUUUUGCCACUCCACUUUUGAGUCUCCUCGGACAGUCACCGGAGAUCUCUAAAGCCGCCGGAAAAUUCUCCCUCUGGAUGAUCCCUCAGCUCUUCGCUUAUGCCGUCAACUUCGCCACCGCCAAGUUCUUGCAGGCACAGAGCAAAGUGAUUGCCAUGGCGGUUAUAGCAGCGACGGUGCUGUUUCAGCACGCUAUACUGAGUUGGUUGCUGAUGCUGAAACUAGGUUGGGGAAUGGCCGGAGGAGCCGCCGUGCUCAACGUCUCGUGGUGGUUGAUAGAUGGAGCUCAAAUAGUUUACAUCUGUGGAGGUUCUUGUGGCAGAGCUUGGUCAGGGCUCUCAUGGAAAGCUUUCAAGAACCUCAGAGGAUUUGCAAGACUCUCUCUUGCCUCUGCGGUCAUGGUUUGCUUAGAGGUUUGGUACUUCAUGGCGUUGAUUUUGUUUGCCGGUUACCUCAAGAACCCUCAAGUCUCUGUGGCUGCUCUUUCGAUCUGCAUGAACAUAUUGGGGUGGCCUAUCAUGGUGGCGUUUGGCUUCAAUGCAGCUGUGAGUGUAAGAGUGUCGAAUGAGCUUGGAGCUGAACACCCAAGAAGGGCGAAGUUCUUAUUGAUAGUGGCUAUGAUAACUUCAAUAUCGAGUGGAGUUGUGAUCUCAAUGACUCUCAUCGUGUUACGAGACAAGUAUCCAGCGAUGUUCUCUGAUGAUGAAGAAGUGAGAGGACUCGUGAAACAGCUCACUCCGUUGCUGGCUAUAACCAUUGUCAUCAACAACAUUCAGCCUGUUCUUUCUGGUGUAGCUGUUGGAGCUGGAUGGCAAGGGAUCGUUGCAUAUGUGAACGUUGGGUGUUACUAUCUCUGUGGAAUACCUAUUGGUCUUGUGCUAGGUUACAAGAUGGAGCUUGGGGUAAAGGGGAUAUGGACUGGAAUGCUAACAGGAACGGUUGUUCAGACAUGUGUUCUGUUAUGGAUAAUCUAUCAGACCAACUGGGAUAGAGACGUGAGGAGCAUAUUUCUUGUCUUUUAA